AUGAUUCCCUCAGUUGAUGAUUCCAUCCCCGAAGACCCCAUCGACUUUCAACUAGACAACGAGAUCUCCGACCUCCAAGACCAAAUCUCUGCCCUCAAAGCCCAGCGCAGCAUCCAAGUCUCAACUAUCCUCUCCUCUCAAUCCACGCGCUCAACACUUAACCGCCUGAGAGUCUCUCAAAAACAAUCCAAGCUCUCACCCACAACAACAGACACUACACCCCUCCUCUCCACCUCCACAGCACAGCUCGUCCAUACCCGCGAAAAUCUCUACCGCCUCUGCGCCGGCAUUACAACCUUCCGAAUACAAGACCCUGACCCCAACGCCGUCGACGAUGGAAAGGUCCUCGGACUACGCAUCGAUGUCGCGAGUACGGGGAAAUUCGUGCGUCCUUAUUAUGUUAUGCUCAAUAAACCUUUUGCGGGCUCCGAGCUGUUGAGGGUCCAUCGACAUACGAUACCACCAUGCAUCCCUCUCUCAUUACUAGUCGACCGAUACUUACCCAAUGGGAAGGGUAGUGCCGCGAUGGGGAGCAAGGAACCAGGAGCCAAGAAACAGGAUCUGCGCCGUUUUGCGAGGGCAUUAAGGAAAGAGAUUGUAGGGUAUCAUAAUCGAGUAUCGGUUAUCAAGGGUCUGAGGAAGGAGUUCAAGCUUGAUGAGAAGGUGUCGAGAAAGGGGAAGGGGAGGGAGAGGGUCAUUGCUGAUAUCAGUGCUGCGGAUGCGGAGGCGAAGCAAGUGCGGAUUGAGUGGGUUGAUGGCAGGAUUGGGAGGUGUGUCGUUGGGGAUGGGGGAGAGGUGAGGAAGUGUGUUGUUAUUGGGGAGGAGGGUAGGGAUUUCGAGACUGAGAGGAGGGUGGCUAGGGGUGCGAUGGAGGGGAUUGGCGAGAGGCUGAGGGAGGGGAUUUAUUGA